AUGAUUUCUCGAGAUGCCUUCCCAUUGCCGCCGCCGGAGGUGCACGAGGUUCGCCUGCCGCCGGCGAGGACCGCCGUCCAGAAAUUCCGGCACCGCAUGUCGGAGAUUUUCUUCCCUGACGACCCACUCCACCGGUUCAAGGACCAGACGUGGUUCAGAAAGUUGGUUUUGGGUCUGCAGUUUUUCUUACCGAUUUUCGAGUGGGCCCCAAGUUACAGUCUCCGGCUGCUCAAAUCCGAUGUGGUCUCCGGUCUUACGAUUGCGAGUCUCGCCAUUCCACAAGUACGAUUGGGAUUUAUCAUAGAUUUCUUGUCAAAGGCGACUCUAGUUGGGUUCAUGGCUGGUGCAGCUAUUAUCGUCUCAUUGCAACAGCUAAAAGGGUUGCUCGGGAUUGUACACUUCACGAGCAAAAUGCAACUAAUUCCCGUAUUAUCUUCCGUAUUUCAUCAUAUGAAUGAGUGGUCCUGGCAAACCAUUGUGAUGGGAGUUGGUUUUCUGGUCUUGUUACUAGUAACAAGGCAGAUUAGCAUGCGAAAACCGAAGCUUUUCUGGAUUUCAGCAGCCGCACCACUGGCAUCGGUUGUUUUGUCAACCAUAUUAGUUGUCUGCCUUAAAUCCAAAGUCCCAGAUAUUAAAACUAUCGGUCACUUGCCUAAGGGUCUAAAUCCACCUUCUUCGAACAUGCUAUAUUUUCAUGGACCUCACCUAGCUCUAUCAAUCAAAACCGGCAUCAUAACCGGAAUACUCUCACUCACAGAAGGAAUUGCAGUUGGAAGAACGUUUGCAAGUCUAAAGAAUUAUCAAGUCGAUGGUAACAAAGAAAUGAUGGCCAUUGGCCUAAUGAACAUAGCCGGUUCUUGUUCUUCAUGUUAUGUCACCACAGGAUCAUUUUCACGGUCAGCCGUGAAUUACAAUGCUGGAGCACAAACUGUGGUCUCUAACAUAAUUAUGGCUUCGAGUGUCCUUAUUACGCUACUUUUUCUCAUGCCGCUGUUUUAUUACACUCCAAAUCUCAUAUUGGCAGCCAUAAUCAUAACAGCCGUGAUAGGCUUAAUCGACUAUGAGGCGGUUUAUAAGCUAUGGAAAGUCGAUAAGCUCGAUUUCUUGGCCUGCUUGUGUUCGUUUUUUGGCGUGCUCUUCAUCUCUGUACCUCUUGGCCUUGCUAUAGCUGUUGGAGUUUCUGUUUUCAAGAUUCUAUUACAUGUCACGAGGCCAAAUACCGUUGUUAUGGGGAAUAUUCCAGGGACAAAAAUAUACCAAAAUGUUAUCAGAUACAGAGAAGCUGUCAGGAUCCCGAAUGUUCUAAUAAUUGCAGUUGAGGCCCCGAUUUAUUUCGCGAAUUCUACUUACUUACAGGAAAGAAUAUUACGGUGGAUAAGAGAGGAGGAAGAGUGGCUAGCAUCAAACAACAGAGGCAGUUUAAAAUGUGUUAUACUAGACAUGACAGCCGUGACAGGAAUUGAUACAAGUGGUCUCGAUACCAUAAGUGAGCUCAGAAAGAAACUUGACAGACAAUCGCUCAAGCUUGUAUUGGCAAACCCAGUUGCAAGUGUUACAGAGAAACUGCACCAGUCGAAAAUCUUGGAGUCAUUCGGUUUAGAAGGAGUUUAUCUGACUGUUGGUGAGGCAGUGGAUGAUAUUUCAUCUUCUUGGAAAGCUCAACCAUGAUUAAAGAAAAUAUAGAAUAACAAAAAAAACAACGUUUAAGGAUAUAUGUAAUGUAAGGGCUAGGUUGAAGUUAGAGUUUUUUCUUGUUUCAUUGUUUGCCAUGAAUCGAAGGUAAACUUUGUCCGUAGUUAGUGCAGUUCAAGUGUGUGAACUCUUUCAAGUGGCCAAGAUUUUGUUGUAAUGUAAUUUCUCAUUGUAUUAUUAUGACGCUUUGUUACACGAUUUAGUGGAAUUCCCAUGCAGUAAAUGAUGCAGAGGAUCAUUGUUCUUUUAUAUGAAAAUUUUGACUUGGAUGAUAGGGGUAAAGUGACAAUUAAAUAUAGCAUUCUAUCGACACAAGUCGGCUCAUAAACUUGAACCAUAUAAGACACUAAUCUCUCUGAGGGUCUAUAAUUUAUUUUUACCAAUUAUAAAGUCAAACUAUCUCCAUAGAAUCUACUAUGAUGGCAACACAUAUGACUUAAAACGAAAAAGCUCCAAAUCGUUACCUAAUACAAUCUCAUGCUGUGCAUACUUCAGAGGCUAAUUAAUCUGGCUUGAAUGAGCAACCUAACUUUCAGCCAAACCAUAAAACUUGUGUUUGCUUCAGCUCAUUGCAGAAGACUGUCCAAGGUCUUGAAUUGCACCUGCUCUCCUUGUCAAUAUUGGAAUCAACGCAAAAGCCAUGAAAACAAUCACUCUCCUCGCGCGAAAGUUUUCGUUUUUCAGAUUUUCUCGCCGUGCAUAGGCCAUAGGCCCAUAGCUGUGCUGCAAUUUCUGUGAGUGCGUGCAUUUCUCAAGGAAAGUGGAGAUGGGGAAGAACACUGCGUGGCGGUUGUGAAGGAAGAGCGGGAAUAGCAAACAGGAGAGUGGCUAAAGCACGAACUCAUUUUUUGCUCCUUUCUGAUCUUUUACAUUUCUCUUUAUUUUUCUUGAAUUUUGAGGGGUCGAAGCUGAAAAGUGAAAAGCCACUGCUGCUCUUCUGGUUCCUCCGUUGUUU